CCCCCCAGUUGUCACUCGGCGAGCAUGAACGCAGCACGCGCGCUUCCUGGCGGCCGAUUCGCGCAUUAAACGCUGGUUUUUCUCGGAGAGAAAGCUCCAUUCCCGGGAUCGAGUCGCGAUUCGCGAGCGAUAAAGAAGUCGGGUAGUUAGCGAGCAUAUGUUGGCCGAGCCCCUGACACGCGAGCCCGGAUCGGGGGUGUAGCUUGUUGCUUCUCUCCGCUCGGCAGGCGCGAGUUUGUUUACCAAGUGAGCGAGUGAGUGGUGUUCGGUGUUGUUUCGUGGCGAGGGGAGUAGAACUUCGGCAAGUUGGAAGGCAAACUCGGGACGUUCUUUGGCAAGAUCUUCAAGCCGAACAACGAACUAGUCAGCCAAAUCCGUAACUUAAUGACUCGAAACGACCUGCAAUGCUCACAGGGGCAGCCGACGGAGGGGCAACCCGCACAGGAGCCCCCCAACACCCCCCCCCCCCCCGCCACGACUCCGGUCCCCGUCCCAGUUCCCGUUGCCCCCGAACGGGUCCCCCCACAAGAUGCACGGCGUCCCCCCGUCCAGAACCAGUCCAGUCUCAAAAAAUCUACGUCCGUCCGGGAACCACUCUCCAAAGCUCAACUGAAUGAGUUCCGGGAAGCGUUCCGCUUGUUCGACAAAGAUGGAGAUGGGAGCAUCACGAAGGAGGAGUUGGGGCGGGUCAUGCGGAGUCUGGGUCAGUUCGCCCGCGAGGAGGAGCUCCAAGAAAUGCUCGAGGAAGUCGACAUCGAUGGUGACGGUUACUUCACUUUCGAGGAGUUCGUAGAGAUCGUGUCGAAUAUGGGUGGAGCAGCGGACAAAACUGGCGACCAAGAGGAGCGGGAAUUGAAGGACGCAUUCCGAGUUUUUGACAAACACAACCGGGGUUACAUAUGUGCAUCAGAUCUGAGAGCUGUCCUCCAGUGUCUGGGAGAAGAUUUAUCAGAAGAAGAAAUUGAAGAAAUGAUCAGAGAGGUGGACGUCGAUGGUGAUGGACGGAUCGACUUUUACGAGUUCGUGAAUGCGCUAGGCGAGCCCAGCGAAGGAGACGAGGCCGAAGAUGACGAGGAAGAAGCGAUGACCAACCUCAGUCUCAACUGAGACCCUCGUUCUUUUACUGAGACCAAACAAUCCUUCAACUGAGACCCUGACCAUUGAAACGAGGCCUCAACCCCUCCACAAGUCAACUUUCAUUUCUAUAUUGAACUCACCGGAUCAACGCAGCUCUGACCCAGAGACAUUUGCUGUUCAAUCGAAAAGGAUGCCUAUUGAAUAUUCCCCACAUUGUAAUUUGAGUUAUUUUUAAAAUAAUUGCACCAACCGGUACAUUUUAUUGAGCGUAAGGCUGUACGCGCCAGCAGUGAGAUUUAAUUUCCAUCUUUGCAUUUCCUCUCUCUCUUAAUUAUCCCCACCUCUGAAGACCCAAUUAUCAGAUUACUGCUCAUAUUUUCAUUUGUGAUUUUGCCACUUGAUAAAGUAUAAAUGAAGGAAUAUUAUUGAUCGAGGUCUGAUUUUUUACAUCGCAAUAUAUUUGCGCACAAAAUCUCAUGUCGAUGAUAAAUGUGACUACAUCAAAAGAGCGAAAUACAUCAAAACUCCGAAUUGUACAAUGAAUUAAGGUUAUUAUAAAUUGAUUAAGAUGAAGAUCGUUUAAAUUUUUCGUAAGCUAAGAUAUCUACUAACAUAUAAAUUUAAUUUCGUUAUCCUCAGUCAAAAGAAGACUUUCUUCGGUUUCAUGUUAAAUUUCCAAAAAAUACACGCGGAAUAUUCAAAGUCACAGAGAGAGAAAAAUAGAAAAAUAUCAAAUUUUUCUUUCCUCUAUCCCGCGAUGUUCAACGAUACUGCUUAAUUGACGUAAAUACAAACUGUCAUUUUGGUGGCAAUAUUGUCCAUACUAAAAAGUGGCUGAACCCUCCCUUUUCAAUCCGCUGAUGAUUCCAAGAGAGCGUAAAUGUUUUGAGACUCAUGAAUUUAUACGGUUUAGGUACCUAUGUUGCGCAAAGGCGCAUACAUAAUGAGUUUUUGAGGCUGAAGAAUCAAUUGUGAGGGAGACUUGCUGUUCGAAAUAUAUCCACAUAUUCUAUGGUAGUCCAAAUAGUCAAAUUCUUUGAAACGUUCGUUUCAUCCAAUCACGUUUGAUUCCUGAGGUUGUUUUCACGUUUGAAAUAAUUAAUUUUGUUACUGCUAGACGUUGUUUUGUAAAAUUUUAUCACGUUCGUUAUAUCACUGAUACUCAUUAGACGUUUAAUCAAUUCUUGUGAUUACAGGAUGUUUCGGUUAUGCCAAGUAACUGAAGGGGAGGUGGGAUACAGAUACAUAUGCAUAUAAAUAAUCAUUCUGAUCGUCCUUUGAAAAAUAUAAACGUAGAUUAUCAUAAUUGCUCUAAUUAAAAGAUCUCUAAUGAAAUAGACAAUCAAAAUGUAUAAGUAUCUAAGUGAAAAAUACAACUGAUUCUCACAUACUUUUUUAUCAUUUAUUUUUUUUUUCGUUUUGUUGAAAAUCAAUGCUAUUAAAAGGUAUUUAUCAUAUGAGGUGCAUUGUACAUUCAAUUUGGAAAAAAAAUCUAUCGAAAGAUCUAUCCAUCUAUCAACAUCGGAAAAAAAUGCUACAAUUUUAAAAUAAAGGGUCAGAGCGCACGAAACAAUCCAUGUACGGGACGAAAUAAUACAAAGCUAUGAGUCACACAUUUUUGGCUCCGAUAACCAACAUGGUUGUGUGCUAAAGAUUUGACAACAAAGUUUUUUUUUAUUUUUUUCAAGUUUCUAACUAGAUUGAUUUUAAAUGAACACAAGAGCACGAGCUAGUCAUUAAACGUUCCUUAGAAUAAUUAGUUUUCAUCUUGAAGACUGAUUCACUGGUGAGACUUGUGAAGAAAUGGUUUGCUUUCACCAAAUUUUUAUCCUUCGAUGUAUUGAAGAAACAAGAGAAUAGAACUUAAAUUUCCAUUCCGAUGUCAAACUACGACCCCCUCCCCUAAAAUCGUUAGAAUAAAGGUGAACGUCAGUUCUUUUUUUCCUAUACAGAUUAGGGCAGCUUGAAAUAAUACGCUCAUCAGAGCUGCCGUGACAGCGAAAUGAGCAGCAAGUGCAUGCUGAGAUGAACCUCGAGACACAUAAAAACAUGUGCAAAUCAUGGCUCAUACGAAAACGCACUUAUUGCUCUCUUUGCUAUCACGGCAGAGAGCCGAUUCUCGCCAAUUGGCGAACACUAUUCAUUUUAAUCUGUGUAUUAAUAAUCGAUUCCAGGUGUGACAGUCUUUCUCGAUAUAUAUGCAGCAGAUUUUUUUACAUUUCUUUGAGAGGCCGAAAUUCGAUGAAGCCGAUUUGCCGAAGGGAUACUCAAUGGAGGAAGAAUGCAAACGGAGAAAAAAUUGACCACUGAUUGGUGAAUUACGACUGAAAAUGCCACUAAGAACACUUUUGUUUUCAAAUAAAAAGAGGAGAGUGGCAAAGAUGACAUCGUUAAAUUUUAACCGUCGCAGUUCACAACUCACAGCAAAAUAUUUCCAGCUGCCUUAAUCUAUUUAUAACUUGUCGUUUCUAAGUCAUGCUUCUUUCAUAUUGAUUAGGUGAUAUCCCAGAUUGUACUCAAGAAUGAAGUGAUCAGAUCUCCCAUGAACCAUGCUAGACAAUAUUGAAUCUUUCAAUAUUCUUGCAUGAGACUUGAGAUCAGGGUCGAUUUUCAGCAAUGACUUUGCUUCGAGCUUUUGUGCAAUCUCGGCUAUUCCAUUUUUUGUAAAUAAUAUACCACCUUUUACCUACUUCUCCUGUGCUUUUCUAUGGACCAAGCAAAAAAAUUAUCCAUUCAUCUUAACCAAGCAACUGAACUUCAUCGAUAUGGCGUGAUCUGCACCCCUCUAAAAGCUUAAGGAACUUGCAACUUUAAUUAUACAUAGCAUAAUUUGCCACUGUUAAGAAAACAAACUCCAAACUAAGUAGAGACUCUCAUGUUUAAUUCGUUGCUAGGUAGAAUAUUUUCUCAAUCUUGGAGUUCAUGAGAAAUUUCAGUCGAAUAAUUGAGUAAAUUUACUCAUAUUAGAGAAAAGUUACACGAAUAUGAUGAAACAAAACACAGAUUGGUGAUAAAAAAACACCGAUUCGAAUUUCAUCUCAUAUAUUCGAGUGAAAUUGUCUGACUCCGAGGUGUAGAAAGUAUUUGACCCAGUUCCAAUGUUUCCUUAGUUUGAUUUUAUCAACAGUGCCCGGAACUAUGCCAGAUUUGUUAAAACUAUCGAUUAUUCGGUAUAUCACAUUUUCUACUAUGAUGAAUUUUUUUUUUUUUUUCUUAACAAAAUAUCUCAACUGCUUAAGAUUAUUUUUGCUGCUGCACAUUUGACGGAAAUACUAAUCGAUAAAAAAGGUCAAAAAAAGGAAGGCUUAAAAGUUCCCUAGGUAAAGUCCUCCAGGACCCCCAAAUUCUCGAUUUACAAAAUCGUAGCUAGGUAAGUAAAUACAAUUAAUAUCAACGGUGAGACUUCCAAACCAUGUUCCUCGAUUGUGGUCUCUUAAAAUCACCGUUCGUAUUUUAUCUUUUUAAAAAAGAAAUUACCAACAUUAUUCCUAGAAGUUUUCACAGAAUUUCCUUUUAACUGAGAACAUAACUCACCGCAGCUUUAAAGAAUUGCCGCUGAGUGAUUUCCUAUUUCUUUUAAAAAAAAGUAGUGACGGGAAGUUUUGCAACAUCGGAAACCAAAAUACGUGGUUCGAGAGUUUCAUCGUCGGUAUAGUUUCAUUGUAGAACGCAGGCGCACUGAGGGCCAAUCACAAGCCCUUCGUGAUAGCCGUCAAAAUUGUGAAGAUUAAUCAUUUAAUUUUCUAUCAUUUCAAAGUUCGUCAGUUAGCUUGUGUUUUGUAUUCAGCUCUCUAUCAUGGAAUUUAUUGUAUAACGUUGCAUUAAAUCUUUCACAGACAAGUUUGUCAAAGUUUAAAGUAAAAAUAUAUUCGAGUUUCUGUGCCAUGAAAA